UCCUGUGCUCUGUCUGGCAUAUUGACAUCUCUCCAUAGGAGAUUCAGUAAAGGAAGGAAGGAAGGAAAGCAAGAUAGUUCUACACUAGAUUCCCCUCUAGGGGAGCUGACAGUGUUUGCAGUAUUUCUCAUCCAAGAUAUCUUGGAAACUAAAUCUCACGUUCAUUUCCCACUUAUAUCCAACCCUGGUUUUCCAUCCUGGAUGUCUUGCCAUAGGCAAAGGAACCUAUGUCUUCUUGUUCUAGUUGGGCUAUGGCAGGGUCAGAAAAGGAAAAACUACUUUCAUCUGCACCUUACUUCCCCCAAAACAAUCUGUUCCUAUUUUGCCUCAGCUAGCCAAAGCGUAGCUUAACCUCAUGUAUAUAGGGCUAUUAUUGCUGGCAGUAGCACUGCCAGCUGAUCAUAAUAAAGGGCUAAUUUCCUUAAUGUAUGUAAUUGGUUUUCUGUUGCUGUCAUAACACAUUACCGCAGACCUGGUGGCUUUAACAACAUAAAUGUAUUUAACUGUUCUAUAAAACAGAAGUCCAACAGUGGUCUCACUGGGCUAAAAUCAAGGUAUCAGCAGGGCUGCAUUCCUUUUGGAGGCUCUAGGGUAGAUAGAAUGUUUCCUUGCUUUCCCAGUUUCUAGAGGCUAGUAUUCCUUGGCUCCUGGACCCCUUCUGCAUCUUCAAAGCCAGCAGUGUUGUUUCUCUUUUAACCUUUCAUAGUUAUGGUUCCUCCUUACCACAGGUGGGAAAGGGUCUCUGUUUUUAAGGACUUGUGUGAUUAGAUUGGGCCCACCUGGAUAAUCCAGGCUACUCUCUCUAGCUCACGGUCCUUAAUUUAAUCACAUCUACAAAGUCGUUUUUCUCUGUAAGGUAACACGCUCAGGUUCUUGGGGUUAGGAAUGGGAAAUCUUUGGGAGUUGGGGCACAUUCUGCCUGUGUAUAUAUUUCUCUAUGAACUGUUUAUUUGUAUUCUUUUUGUAUUGUCUUUUGAGUGUUAUUUCUUUUUGAUUCUUUGAGAUAUUAACUCCCACUAUUUUUCGUAUAGUCAGUAUUUAUUUUAAUAGGCUUUAUUUAGAGCAGUUUAAGUCUAUAGGAAAAUGAAACAAAUUACAGAGAAUAUUUCUGUAAAUACUCUCCCAACCCCCUUUUAUACCUUUUAUUAACAUCUUUAUUAUAUAUUCCUUUUCUUCUCCUUCCCAACCCCCUUUUAUACCUUUUAUUAACAUCUUGCUUUGGUGUGGUACAUUUGUCACAAUUGAUGAACCACUGUUUUUAUACAUUAUUAUUAACUAAAAUCUAUAGUGCACAUUAGGGUUCACUCUUUGGGUUGUACAGUUCUAUGGGUUUUGCUGGGUGUAUAAUGUCAUGUAUUAUAACAUCAUAUAAAAUAGUUUCACUGCCCUAAAAACCUCCUGUGUUCCACCCAUUAAUCCUUUCCUUCAACUAUCAAACCUUGGUAACAACUGAUCUUUUACUAUCUCUAUAGUUUUGCCUUUUCCAGAAUGUCAUAUAUAUGGAAUCACUGUAUGUAGCCUUUUCAGACUGGCUUAUUUGACUUAGCAAUAUGCAUUUAAGAUCCUUCUCUCUGUCUUUUCAUGGCUUGAUACUCAUUUCUUUUUAUCACUGGAUACUAUUGCAUUGUAUGGAUGUUUCAGUUUAUCCAUUCGCUUAUUGAAGCACAUCUAGGUUGCUUACAGUGUUUGACAUUUAUGAGUAAAGCGCUGCAAACAUUUAUGUGCAGAUUUUUGCAUGGCCAUUAAGUUUUCAACCCACCUAGGAGUGUGAUUGCUGGGUCAUAUGGUAAGACUAUGUUUAGCUUUUUAAGAAACUGUCAAAUUGUCUUCCAAAGUGACUGUAUCAUUUUGCAUUCCCAGCAACUAUGAAUGAGAGUUUCUGUUGUUCCACAUCCUUGGAAACAUUUGAUACUGUCUGUGUUUUGGGGUUUAGCCAUUCUGAUAGGUGUGUAGUAUCUUGUUUUAAUUUGCAGUUCUGUAAUGAUAUACAAUGUUGAGUAAUUUCUCAUAUGCUUAUAUUCCAUCUCUAUACCUUGAGGUACAGAGCUUUUCCCUACUUUUUAAUUGAUUGUGUUGGUGGUUUUCUUAUGGUUGAGAUUUAAGAGUUCUUUGUAUAUGUUAGAAACAAGUACUUUAUCAAAUACAUGUUUUGCAGAUAUUUGCUCCUAGUCUGUGACUUGCCUUUUCAUUCUCUUAACAGUUACUUGGCAGAGCGUAAGUUUUAAGAAGUCCUGCAUAUCAGUUUUUUUCUUUCAUAGAUCUUGCUUUUGGUGUUAUAUCUAAAAACUCAUUACCAAACCCAACGUCACCUAGAUUUUCUCAUAGUUAUUUUCUAGAUGUUUUAUAAUUUUAUGUUUUAUAUUUAGGUCUAUAAUCUGUUUUAAUUCAUUUUUUUAAAGAUAUAAAGUUAGUAUCUAGAUUCACAUUUUUUACAUGUGGAUGUCCAGUUGUUCUAGUACCAUUUGUUGAAAAGAUUAUCCUUUCUCCAUUGCAUUGCCUUCGCUCUUUUGUCAAAAAUAAGUUGACUGUAUUUGUGAGGAUCUAUCUCUUGGCUGUCUAUUCUGUUCCAUUCAUUUAUAUAUUCUUUCAUUUCCAUACUGUCUUAUUGACUGUAGUUUUACAGUAAGAUGAAGUUGGAUGGUAUUAGCCCUAACUUUGUUCUUCAAUAUUAUAUUGGCAGUUCUGGGUCUUUUGCCCUUCCAUUUAACUUUAGAAUCAGUUUGCCAAUAUCCACAAAGUAACUUGCUGGGAUUUUUAUUUUGAUUGCAUCAAAUCUGUAGAUCAAGUUGGGAAGAACUGACAUCUUAACAAUAUUGAAUCAUUCUAUCCAUGAACAUGGAAUAGCUUUCCAUCAAUUAGAUAUUCUUUGAUCUCUUUCAUCAGAGUUUUGUGGUUUUUCUCAUUUAGAUCUUAUGUGAAUUUUGUUAGACUUAUACCCAAGUAUUUCUUGCAAAUAUAAGUGGGGUUGUGUAUUUAAUUUCACAUUCUACUUGUUCAUUACUGGUCUGUAGGAAAGCAAUUGACUUGUAUAUAUUAACCUUUUUCAUGCAACAUAAUUGCUUGUUACUUCCAGGAGGUUUUUUUUGGUAAAUUCUUCGGGACUUUUGACAUAGAUAAUCAUGGCAUUUACAAACAAAGACAGUUUUGUUUCUUCUUUCCCAAUCUGUAUACCUUUAAUUUCCUUUUCUAGUCUUAGUGCAUUAGCUGGGAUUUCCAUUAAGGUGUGUGAUGAGUAGGAAUGGUGAGAAGAGACAUCCUUUUCUUGAUCUUAUAGGGAAAACCCCCCUAAUUUCUCACCAUUAAUUAUGAUGUUAGCUGUAGGAUUUUUGUAGAUACUCUUUGUCGAGUUAAGGAAUUUCCCCUCUGUUGUUUGUUGAGAGUUUUUACAUGAAUAAGUGUUGGGUUUUCUCAAAUGUUGUUUUCUAUUUCUGUUGGUAUCAUGAUUUUUCUUUAGUUUUGUCUCUUUCUUUUUGAUUCAAGGAAAUUAGCUCUUUACCUCAGAUCUUAACUCCCAGUAUUUGCCAUUUAAAAAAAGUUUUAUGAAGUCAAAUGGUUUAUUUUCCUUUCUGUCUUCUGAGUUUUGUGUUGUACUUAAAGGCUUCUUGCUACAGCAUUAUAAGUAGAAAUAUUAACCUCUUUCCUAAUAUUAUGAUGUUACUUUUCAUGUUUAUAUCUUUGAGCUUAUUUUAUUUGGGGCAAAAUAUUAGACAAGGAACAGGAUAUUUUUCUGAUGGCUUACAGUUGUCCCAGAUAGAUUAAAUUUUUGGUAGAUGGAUAUAAUAGAGAAGUGGCAACCCAGACUAAAAGAACUACAGAAAUCAAAGUAGUUGUUGGAGUUCAACAACAACAAAAAAUCCAGUUUGGUUUUGGGUAAAGGAUAUAGAAAUACAGGAGGGAAAUUAUUAAGAGGUGGGACUUGAAAGAUGGUUGAGACCAGAACAUGGAGAACACUGGAUAGAAGAAACAAGCAAUGAAGGGCUUUGGGUAGAGUGGGUAACAUAGCGCGGGUAACAUAAUGAGAACUCUGUUAUGAGAACUCAUUUGAAUGUAGAAUGUGAAAUGAUUUGAAGUAGGUGAAUCUUGAAGAGGAACAAGAAGAGAUUUUUGUCUUCUGAGUGAGAAUAUAUGAGUGAGAAUAACAAAGGCAACUGAAUGGAUAUAGGUGACAAAAUACGUUUAAACCAGAACCUGAUUAACUUAGGAUUUUCCUGGAAAUGGACCCUCAGGAAUCUGCCUUUCUUAUAUGCUGUCAGGCUACAGACCAUAUUUAUCAUCAGAAGCAAUACAUCCAAACACAAUCUUACAUAGCAAAUUAGAAGAAGCGAGACAUCUUUCCAUUGUCGAUCAGGACUUAGAGUACUUGUCUGAGGGCCUUGAGGGUCGAUCAUCCAAUCCUGUUGCAGUACUUUUCGACGCACUUCUUCAUCCAGAUGCUGACUUUGGGUAUGAUUAUCCAUCCAUUUUGCAUUGGAAAUUGGAACAGCAUCAUUAUAUCCCUCACUUAGUUCUUGGUAAAGGUCCACCUGGUGGAGCUUGGCAUAAUAUGGAAGGCUCGAUGUUGACAAUCAGCUUUGGAAAUUGGAUGGAGCUACCUGGACUUAAAUUUAAAGAUUGGGUAUCUAGCAAACGAAGGAACCUAAAAGGGGAUCGAGUUAUGCCAGAGGAAAUAGCUCGCUACUAUAAACAUUAUGUAAAAGUCAUGGGUCUUCAGAAGAAUUUCAGAGAGAAUACUUACAUUACCUCUGUGUCAAGACUCUACAGAGAUCAAGUUGAUAAUGAUGGUCAAGACAGAGAUAUUUCAACACAGCAUUUACAGAUAGAGAAGUCAAAAUUUACCAAGAGAAACUGGGAAAUCAGGGGUUAUCAGCGAAUAAGAGAUGGUUCCCAUAUUCCCUUCUGUCUCUUUGCUGAAAAUGUAGCUCUGGCAACCGGAACAUUGGAUUCUCCUGGCCGUUUGGAAAUUGAUGGGGAAGAUUUUCCUUUUGUGUUUCAUUCAAUGCCUGAAUUUGGAGCCGCUAUAAGCAAAGGACAGUUGUGUGGCAAAGUGGAUCCAGUGUUAAUUGUAGGUUCUGGGCUUACCGCAGCUGAUGCAGUACUGUGUGCUUACAACAAUAAUGUCCCUGUGAUUCAUGUAUUUCGCAGACGAGUAACUGAUCCAAGCUUAAUUUUCAAACAGCUUCCCAAAAAGCUUUAUCCAGAAUACCAUAAAGUCUAUCAUAUGAUGUGUACUCAGUCAUAUUCUUUAGACUCAAAUCUUUUAUCUGAUUAUACCAGUUUUCCUGAGCACCAUGUGCUUUCCUUUAAGUCGGACAUGAAAUGCAUUCUUCAAAAUAUCUCUGGAUUAAAAAAAAUAUUUAAGCUCUCUGCAGCAGUAGUAUUGAUAGGUUCUCAUCCCAAUCUGUCCUUUCUGAAGGAGCAAGGGUGUUACCUGGGCCACAACUCAAGCCAGCCAAUCACAUGUAAGGGUAAUCCUGUGGAAAUAGAUGCAUAUACAUAUGAGUGUGUUAAAGAAGCCAACCUUUUUGCAUUGGGUCCUUUGGUUGGAGACAAUUUUGUUCGAUUUUUAAAGGGAGGGGCACUGGGUGUUACACGCUGUUUAGCUACAAGACAGAAGAAAAAAAAGCAGCAUUUAUUUGUUGAAAGAGGAGGAGGAGAUGGGAUAGCUUAGAGCAGGUUUACAAGUAAUUUAUAUGAACACUUUACCAUUAAAGAUUUUUAAUAGUGGUUUUACAGUGUACUGGCUUGAAUUUUCUGAACUUGAAUUAACUGAGAGAGCCUCAAGCUAUAGUAACUAUUUUUUAAAGUUACCAGAAUUUGGUGUCCUAAUUACAUUAUAAUGUAUCAAAGGUGUCAAUUGUCAGACAAAUAGAAACACUGCCAAUUUGGUAUACUUUAAGUUCUCACUUAACUAAAACAUUCUUUUCUUCCAAGA